GUUGUCAUUAUGUGUAUAUCAACCUCAACAGAUGACAUGCUUUCGAAGUUGAGACGUUAUGUUUGCAUGUAUUUAUAAUAGCCUUGAUCAAUAUAUAUAUAUUUUUUGGUUAUAUGUGGGAGAAGGGGUUCAGAAAUGCCUCAAAGGCAGUCUCCCCGGGGCGGACUUCAGCUCAGGACAUCAAGCUCAGAUUCUGAUCCGCUGCAUCAUCGGCCAAUUGCUGACAGAAGUCCUAAGCUAGGUGAUCGUAGAUCUCCAAGGAGUGUACUCUCAGAUUCAGUUAAUCAAAAGAAACUUGGUACCAAAAUUGCAGAUUUAGAAUCUCAACUGGGGCAAGCGCAAGAAGAGCUCAAGAUUUUGAAGAAGCAAUUAGCCUCUGCCAAGGCUGCAAAGAAAGAAGCUCAAGAAAGAUUGGAGAACAAGAGCCAAAAACCAAUUUCUCCAAACCCCACUAAUAUCCAAGAACCAAACAAAAACAGUAGAAGUACCAUAUAUGAAAAUCCUGAUGACAACCAUAGAGAAACUGACGUUUUUGAAGUUCCAGUUGAAGAAGUGACUUGGGAAUGUAAGGUUGAAUCCAAGCAACCAACUGACCAAGAAAUUCAAGAUUCUAAGCCAGAUAGCAUAUCAACUGAAUCACCAAUUGUUUCUGGGCCCGUGAAGCUGUCUUUUGAUGACUUGGCUUUGAAGAGUGACGAGAUAAAUGCGUUGAAAGCCAAGUUAGAGGAGAAGGAAAAAGAAUUAGAAGCGUUUCGUCAAGAAAACGAGAGCCUAAAAAGUCAGUUGAAAGAUGCAGCUUUAGAGAUGUCAUCAGCUCGAACGAAGGACGAGGAAAUGACUUCAAGGUUGGGCCAACUAGGAAAAGAACUGGAAGAAAGUAAAGCAACUUCAGUUCAGUUGAAUGAGAAGCUGGAGGCUGUGGAAGGAGCAAAGGAGGCAUUGGAAACCGAAAUGAAGAAAUUGAGAGUACAGACUGAGCAAUGGAGGAAAGCGGCCGAUGCUGCAGCAUCAGUGCUUGCUGGCGACGUGGAGAUGAAUGGCAGAAGGAUAUCCGAGAGGUGCUGUUCCAUGGAUAACCACUUUAGCAGCACAGUUGAUACUCAGGUUGGUGCGUACACUGGCUUUGUGGGUUCACCUGGUUUGGCUGAGGAUUUGGAUGACAGUUUGGGUGGUGGAAAAAGGAAAGGUUCUGGUAUAAGAAUGUUGUGGAAAAAGAAGGGCCAGAAAUAAGAAAUUAUGCUUUUGUCACAUUGAAAUGGUUGCUUUACCAAUUCGAUCGCAUUUGGUUGGCUUUUUGUUCGAUUUGUGAUGGCACUUUGGUCAUCUUGUUGAAUCCAAGCCUCCUUGGAUUAUCCUGCCAUGUUCUUAAAUAUAUCUUAGGUUAGGUGAGUUCAUUUUCAGUGCACCAACAAACCUGUCUUGAAGGAGUAUUUGCAGAUGUUCAUUCUGUUAUGUUAUGCACUAGUGCAUGUGCUUGUUUUUGCCCUUGUAAUGAAUUUACUAUGCAAUAUUGCAUCCAGAUUUCCAUUCAUCAAAUAAGGGCUGUAAUAAAUCAUGUUAGCAGUAGAUCUGAUCAUGCAAACCACAGUUAUAAUGUCACAUUUCUGAGUAAAUGAAUUCUAAUAGACAAAUGGUGAUAUAUAUUUUGACAACAACACAAUGCCAUAGUACUUGGUGCAUUUAAAUUAGGGUAAAGUGAAUAUAUAUAUAUAAGGAAAAAAAAAAAAAAAAAAAAAAAAAAAAAAAAAAAAAAGAA